AUGACCACCAGAAUGUCGCUGAAGGUGCUCUACACCGUGGAUAAGGAGACCAAUUCAUACCUGACGAGAAGCAAAGCACCUGUAGAAGCACGCAUAGAGAGCAUUCCGAGCCCGAGCAACGACGGUACACAGCUCCGGGUGGGCAUCGUACUCCUGAACGACGUGCUGGAGCAGGUUUGCGCGUCGUCGCCGGAGCUCUUCAGCUACGGUAUGGACAACAGCGUGGACUACAACGUGUACUGCCGCGACAUCUGCGAGCUGGACGAGCCGCUGGUAAGCUUCGGGCUUCUGUCCAAGCUCCGCGGCGCGGCGCAGCAGCAGUCCAAAAACGACGUGGACGACUGGCCGCUAGUUAUGGGCCGCGUGUGCUCGAGCUUCUCUGCAAUCCUGCGGUUCCAGAACAUUGCCAACACACCUCCUACACAGCAGACACUCGAAAUCAAAAUUCGGUUCUCUAAGGUGGCCACCGCCAACUCGUCUCGCAGGUCGAGCGUCUCCGGGAAUAACGUACAUACCCUGGCCAAGAAAGCGCCUACCACCACUACAAGCAUGCUCGGCAGCAGAGGGACCUCGAAAGCGGCGGGCGAGAUGGCAAAGCCUGAGGCCGUCACCAAAAGGCAGACAAAUCCUAUGCCAGCGCCAAAAGCCGCCAGAACUCAGUCGUUGCCCAUCUGGAACCAAAGCAAAAACAACCAGUUUGCGCUGCCUGCGAACUCCAUUGCACACAAGAUCUACCUUGCAGACAGAGCCGCAAAAGAUACUGCUUCUAGCGUGAAGGCUAGGGAAGAGAAAAAGCCUGUAGUCUACCAAAUCAACAGUCUUCAGCAAGAUAACACAAUCCAGAAAACCAAAGUGGAUGACUCAGUAAGUAAGCGUUUCGACUUCAUCACGAAGAAAAAGGGGAAGAUGGCGAAGCCUAGCAUAAAAAAACCAGUUGCGAAGCCAAAAUCCUCAGUUAAAAAGGUUAGAAGGGAUAGCGUCGUCCAAGCCAGCACACCUCUGCCGCGGGAGGCACAAACUUCUUCAAUGAUAAACAAAAAUGACGCGCUAGAAGAAUUUAAGCUUCUCAAUGACGACGUGCUGGUCCAACAGCUUCUCGAUAGGCAAAAGCUCAAGCCUACAGACUUCUUUGAGCUUGACCAAGAAAAGGGUGAUGACUCUGAGAACAAAGAAAACAUUCCCCCUCGCCCAGUUCCUCUCUCGUCUCGAUUCGAGGACCUGAUAGGCAUGGAUAUCCCAUCUUUUAAGACGCCAAGUGAUUCAGAAAAGACAGGUAGUGUUCCAAGAAGCGACGACACGCUUGAGUGGUUCAACGAUCUUUUUGGCUCACCAAUUGGGAAUCAAAAGACAGUUACGCCUACCAAAGACCCUCUUACGUGCAAUACUCUGCCCAUUGAAGAUGAUGAGCAAGACCCCAGCAAAGCGCUUACCAGCGAUAUUGACAGGACUUCGCCCAUGGACACACUUUCAAUGCCACUUUACGAGUUGGAACACAAGAAGGAAUCUAAAGGCUCUGAGCCAGUUCCCUCAUGUAAGGAGCAGCUCAGGCGUCUACCAAUUCUUACGAAGAACUCGCAUAGCGGCCACCAGGAUGAUGUCCGUGACGCUGAUAGCACUACACCGGUCGUCUUAGGGUACUCGACAUCACCCAAGUCUAACAACAACGAGCUGGCAGCUGGCCAAAAGAGGCCUGCUCCAGUUCCAUCAUCGCCAGCAGACGACGAAGACUAUAUGGACGAGUACAUGCAAGAAAGGCGCAGAAAGCGUAAAACAAUGCCGUCCUCUCCCACAUCGAUGUUUCCUUACCGGGAGCAAGAUGGGGAAGACGAGCAUUCGAUGACCAACGACGAGUUUUCGAUUCACGAAAGGCCUUGUCGCGACGACGCAAACUCCACACCUGCUACUCAAUACAGGUCGAGUGACGUCGAAAACAUGAAGCAUGGAGAAGAAAGCUCCGCAGAGACGAAACAAAAUGAGUUUCUACAUAUUUAG